AUGAAACGGUUUCUGUUAUCGCUGCUUUUGAUUGGGAUCGUGGGAGCAAACGAUAUUGAUAAUGGGAUGACAGAGGAGACGUUGAAACGCGGCUUAAGCAACAAGUGCGCGUCACGGGAGACAUCGUCCUGUAUUGCUGUUGAGAUGGUGGGAUAUGUCGACCGUAUGCUCAGAACAGCUGCUUUCCAACUCAGCGAUGAUAUGAUGAUUGUUGAUGAAAGCAAUGGCGCAGCUGCUGAGAUCCCAAUCAAACCAGAAUCCUUAGCAAGAGCCGGAACAUCCCUCGAAGACCAGGCACAGCAAGUGAUCAUGGAUAAACUGUGGAACUUCGCCACUACCAGGUCUUUGAGGUACAGAAUCUUGGACAACGCUGACGUGGUUAUUGCAGGCAGACAAGAGAAGGAUGGAAGCUUAGGUGUUGGUGUAUCAAUGAAAGCUCCAAAAGUAUUCGAGACCGGCAGACAACGUAACAAGAACAUGGGACCGUUCCUCGCUGCUGCCGCCAUGAAAUUUGGUCUCCUUGGCGCCUUGACUUUCAAGGGUCUCUACCUGAUGGUCGGGAAGGCUCUCCUCAUCUCCAAGAUCGCUCUUCUCCUCGCUACCAUCAUCGGCUUGAAGAAACUAUUCUCUCCUCAGGUGACAGACUAG